UCUCUUCACUCUCUUGCAAGGGUUUUUCCCGCACACAUCUCCGCAGCUCAGAGUCUCUCUCUCUCUCUCUCUCAGUGCAGAGCUCAACGACCACUGUUGGAUCCUCCAUUUCCAUUUUUAGGGUUUCUCUUCUAUUUACUUUCCCCGACUUGCUCUGCCACUCUCGUGCUUAAGUCGGAGUAAGGAGAAUGGCGAUCUCAACUACGACACCCGACAUCCUGGGCGAACGCCAGUCGGGUCAGGACGUCCGUACACAGAACGUUGUGGCAUGUCAAGCUGUGGCCAACAUUGUCAAGUCCUCGCUUGGUCCUGUCGGGCUCGACAAGAUGCUUGUAGAUGACAUUGGUGAUGUAACAAUCACUAAUGAUGGGGCUACGAUCCUCAAGAUGUUGGAGGUGGAGCAUCCAGCUGCUAAGGUACUUGUAGAGUUGGCCGAGCUUCAAGACAAAGAGGUUGGAGAUGGGACAACUUCAGUGGUCAUUGUAGCCGCAGAGUUGCUCAAGAGGGCAAAUGAUUUGGUCAGAAAUAGGAUCCAUCCAACAUCCAUAAUCAGUGGUUACAGACUUGCCAUGAGGGAAGCUUGUAAGUACGUCGAUGAGAAGUUGGCUGUUAAGGUUGACAAGCUUGGAAAAGAAUCACUAGUUAACUGUGCCAAGACUAGCAUGUCAUCGAAGCUGAUUGCUGGUGAUAGUGACUUCUUCGCAAACUUGGUAGUUGAUGCUGUGCAAGCAGUGAAGAUGACUAAUGUUCGUGGGGAAGUUAAAUACCCAAUCAAGGGAAUCAACAUCCUCAAGGCUCAUGGAAAAAGUGCCAGAGAGAGCUACCUUUUGAAUGGGUAUGCCUUGAACACUGGACGUGCAGCUCAGGGAAUGCCUGUCAGAGUUGCCGCUGCAAAGAUAGCUUGUCUCGACUUCAAUCUUCAAAAGACGAAAAUGCAACUUGGUGUUCAAGUUGUAGUAUCUGAUCCUAGGGAGCUCGAGAAGAUUCGUCAAAGGGAAGCUAACAUGACAAAAGAGCGCAUUGAGAAACUAUUGAAAGCUGGGGCCAAUGUUGUAUUGACCACAAAAGGGAUUGAUGACAUGGCACUUAAGUACUUUGUGGAGGCUGGGGCAAUUGCUGUUAGACGUGUGAGGAAAGAGGAUAUGCGUCACAUUGCAAAGGCCACUGGAGCAACCAUGGUUUCAACAUUUGCUGAUAUGGAAGGAGAAGAGACUUUUGAUUCAUCAUUUCUUGGAUAUGCUGAUGAAGUAGUCGAGGAGCGCAUUUCUGAUGAUGAUGUGAUCUUGAUAAAGGGGACAAAAACAACUAGCGCGGUUUCUCUGAUUCUAAGAGGUGCAAAUGAUUUUAUGCUCGAUGAGAUGGAGAGAGCUCUUCAUGAUGCUCUAUGCAUUGUUAAGAGGACACUUGAAUCCAAUACGGUGGUUGCCGGUGGAGGUGCAGUUGAGGCUGCAUUAUCUGUUUAUUUGGAGUAUCUGGCCACAACAUUAGGAUCCCGCGAGCAGUUGGCGAUCGCAGAAUUUGCUGAAUCUUUGCUAAUCAUUCCGAAGGUGCUUGCAGUUAAUGCUGCUAAGGAUGCAACUGAGUUGGUUGCUAAACUGCGAGCUUAUCACCACACAGCCCAAACAAAGGCUGAUAAGAAGCAUUUAUCCAGCAUGGGUUUAGAUCUAUUGAAGGGGAUUGUCCGCAACAACCUGGAAGCUGGUGUUAUUGAACCUGCAAUGAGCAAAGUGAAGAUAAUCCAGUUUGCGACUGAAGCUGCCAUCACCAUUCUCCGGAUCGACGACAUGAUCAAGCUCAUCAAGGAUGAAAAUCAAAAUGAAGAAUAGAUCAUUUUCCUCCUAUCUCAAGAAAAAUGAUCAUUUUCCUCCUAUGUCAAGAUUUUUGGGACAAGUUUUUUCUUACGAUUCCAAUGGGAAUAGUAUGGUUGGGGCUUGUGGUGGUGAGAUUGGUCCUAAUCCGUUUGGGGCCCUCUUCAUGAGUUUGUAUCACCGUGGAACUGGCGGGAGGAAAUAAUGCUAGCUUAGAUGUUAAAGGUACUCACAAAUUGGUGUUCUUUCUGAAAGGGGUUGGUUAUGCAAAUUUGAAUUUUGGAUGGUGAUCUUGUUAUAUUUUGUGCUUCAGACAAGACCAUAUAAUUGAUUUUGUCGAGUUGCUUUGGUUUUC